GAGGUUCUUAAACCAGCGUACACACAUGAGAAAACUUUGUAAAAAUAAACCUCUAGUGCACGUAUGCAUUUCAUUUCACUUCAUUCCGUGCUCCCUUCCUUCCCUCUUACUAUAAAAUCAUCUUAAUCUCAAACCCCACGCAAUCUCUCUCUCGUAACCAACUGCCUUAUCAUUCAUAGCACAUCGGAAAACGGACAAGACCAAGGCCAAGGAGGCCAAAACCAAGGCCACUGACUCCUCAAAACUCAACCAAAUGAGAGCAACCAUAGCGCCGCCUGCCUAUAAGAUCCACCUCUCCCCACCAGUAGCAUCAUCCACAACAACAACAUCAUGCGAUGGCCCUGGUUGCCAGUGGCGGCCUUACUCAGGCACUGGACAUUUCGAAGCAAAUGCUGCCAUGAUCCUCAUCAUUCUGCUGUGCGCACUCAUAUGUGCGCUGGCUCUCAACACAGCCAUACGCUGCUUCCUUCGAGGCCACCAGCAACACCACCGGCCCGACGCAGCCCAAGGCAGGCUGCAACAACAGCAGCAGCAGCAGCAGAAAAGCAAUGCAGGCGUAGCUGCAGCUGCGCUGGAGGGGGUUCCGGCGCUGGUGUACUCGGCCGAAGUGAAGACUAAGCUGGCGGGGGCCGAGACAGAGUGCGCCAUUUGCUUGUCGGAAUUCGAGGAGGGGCAGGGGGUUCGGCUCAUGGCCAGAUGUAACCAUGGCUUUCAUGACCAAUGCAUCCACCAGUGGCUGUCUUCCCACUCCUCUUGUCCCACUUGCCGUAGCACUUGUCUCCCUCCUUCUCCGUUGACACCGCACCAUACCAUCGAGAAUUGCAGUUCCCAAAGGGAAUGACUUUUAGUAACUCUUUUUCUUUCUCUCUAUGUUUCUCUACUAGUAUUCUGUACAAACAAGCAAAUACAAGUUCUAUUGUGAAUC